AUGUUUGAUAUUUCUAACAGGAUGGAACGAGGAAGGUUAGAAAUCUUUUCAAAGCCAGUUAAAAACUUAUGGAAUAACUGGGACAUUCGUGUCUUCGUUCUCAGCAGUCUGUUGGUGCAAAUCCUUCUCAUCUUCUUCGCAGCCAUGCGUAAACGGAGAUCACACAAGAUGAUCAUCCUCUUCACAUGGUCCCUCUACCUGCUCGCUGAUUGGGUAGCCGACUUCGCUCUAGGCCUCCUUGCUAAUAGCCAGGGGAAUGAUGAGUCAGAUUGCCCAGGUGGCAACAACAAGCCCGACGUCAAGAUCAUGGCCUCUUCUGGUGGGCCAAAACAUAACAUUCAGAAAUCCACCAAUAACAACAUUUUAGCCUUCUGGGCACCGUUCCUUCUUUUGCACCUUGGUGGGCCAGACACAAUCACAGCCUUUGCGAUGGAAGACAACGAACUGUGGCUCAGGCAUUUGCUUGGGGUAAUUUUCGAGGUUGGUGCAGCUGGUUAUGUCUUCUUGCUUUCCCUACCAAAAAACAGGCUCUUAGUCCCGACUCUGUUGAUAUUUAUUGCUGGGAUUAUCAAGUAUGGUGAACGGACCUACGCGCUUUACCUCGCAAGCAUGGAUGGGUUUCGGGACUCAAUGCUAAAAGAGCCGGACCCCGGCCCAAAUUAUGCCAAGCUCAUGGAGGAAUACCAGUCGAAGAUAGAGGCUGGGGUCCCAGCUCAGAUUGUGAUUAGCCCAGAGCCGGAAACCCAUGAAAUCGAGUUAGAGCAAGAGUACUUAAACGAAGAGAGAAUGGUAAGAAAGGCAUACGAAUUCUUCAAGACCUUCAAGGGCCUCAUUGUCGAUCUAAUGUUCAGCUUCCGUGACCGAGCGGAGAGCCGCAAUGAUUUCCUAAGGUGGUCCCCAAUGCACUCUUUCCGAGUCAUCGAGCAUGAGCUCGAAUUCGUCUAUGAGGUGCUCUUCACCAAGGCUGCCGUGAUACAUAGCAAGCGCGGCUACAUCCUGCGGGCCAUCUGUUCCUUCUCAAUCGUUGUGGCUUUCUUUCUCUUCUUCUUCACCAACAAGCAAGACUUCCUUCAGCUCGACGUUGUUAUCUCCUAUACGUUGCUAGGCGGCGCCAUUGCUUUAGAUUUCAUGGCUUUUAUCAUGCUCUUACUCUCUGAUUGGUCUAUCAUCAAGGUUAAGAUUCCCGGGCUUGACAAAAUCCUCCCUUGGAUUAUUACUAAAGUCCCACCUUACAAUCAAUGGUCCGUAUCAAUCAUGCAAUACAAUUUGAUAGACUUUUGCAUCCCUAAUCAUCAUAAGUACUGGGGACGGAUUGCUGAUCGGACAACCUACUGGGGAAAGUUCUCUGAGAUGUUUUACAUCCAAAAGGUCUUGGAUUGCCUGCACUGCAAAAUGAUAAGUGGCCUCUUACAGGAGAUGCAAUACACCUACAAUGUGGAUGUCUCCGAAGAGCUGAAGACGUUCAUUUACGAUGAGUUGAAGAAGAAGACUGAGAUCAUGAAAGAGCCCAAGGCAGCACGGAGCUUGUGUUCAUGCCGUGGCAAUUGGGCCCUUGAGCAGAAUGGCUACUUCAGCCACUUCAAAGAAAACGUCGAGGUUGAGUUUGAUGAGAGCCUAUUGAGGUGGCAUAUUGCUACCACCCUUUGUUAUUACACUGAGGAGGACAUUGGCAAGAUCCCCAUAGUUAAAAAAAAUACAAGCAAUGCAUCGAAUGACCUCAACAAAGAAAAUGAGGCAGUUCCCAUCUCAGCAGCCAUGCAUCGCCAGUUGAGUAAGUUUAUAUCCGAUUACAUGAUAUAUCUUCUCAUAAUGCAGCCUUCCAUGAUGUCAUCGUCAGCUGUGAUCGGAAAGAUCAGGUUCCGGGACACCUGUGCGGAGGCCAAGAACUUCUUCCUCCGGAAGCCGUUCGAAAGGUGGGACCGAAACAUUGCAUCUGCUUUGUGCAGUUCUUUGCAAGAUGUGGAGGACGAAAAGGAAAAGGAACGUGAGGCCGCAUGUAAGGAUCUGCUAUCCGUGAAUACCGAAGCAAGGCCCAUCGAUGUGAAGGGAGACAGGAGCAAAUCAGUGUUGUUCGACGCAUGCAUUCUGGCCAAGAAAUUGAAAGAGGAACUGAAAGAAGGCCAAAGAUGGGCUCUGAUCGGCGAGGUGUGGGUCGAAAUGUUAUCCUACACUGCAAGUAAAUGUGACGGGAUAGCCCACGCUCAACGGCUCAGUAAAGGUGGAGAGUUGCUCACAUUUGUUUGGUUUCUAAUGGCUCACCUUGGCUUAGGAGAGCAGUAUCGCAUCGAGGCAGGACAUGCCCGGGCCAAACUAAUUGUAGGGAAGUGACCGUCUCUUGCAUUCUCUGCACCAUAUAAGUAGGUAUCUACAAUGUACUAGGUUUUGCAUGGUUGUUUGAAAAAAAUAAAAGUAUAUAUAUAUAGGCGGAUGCAUCAUCCAUAGAUCAUACAUGAAACUAGCGAUGAAAAAGUAAUUACUCUCUGCAUGAUGAAAUGAAUGAUUUUUUAGUUGGAUUCA